GCCCGCCACGACCAGCCCCGCCUGUCUCCUAUGAAGAGCCUGUCGCCCAUGAAGAACCUGGCGCUGAGUGACAAGGAGAACACGCCCCCCGUGCUCAGCAGUGCCCGCGUCCUGGCCAGCAAGGCGGCCCGCAAGAUCUUCCAGGAGGGCGACGGGAAGCCGGUGAGCGAGCCGAGCCCGAGCCGCUCUCCGCCGCUGCAGGUACCGCGGGGCGAGGAGGAGGAGGAGCCGCUGCUGCGGGACAACCCCCGCCGCUUCGUCAUCUUCCCCAUCCAGUACCACGACAUCUGGCAGAUGUACAAGAAGGCCGAGGCCUCCUUCUGGACGGCGGAGGAGGUGGACCUUUCCAAAGACAUCCGGCACUGGGAGUCCCUGAAGCCUGAGGAGAAGUACUUCAUUUCUCAUGUCCUCGCCUUCUUUGCUGCCAGCGAUGGCAUUGUCAACGAAAACUUGGUGGAGCGGUUCAGUCAAGAAGUACAAAUCACAGAAGCUCGUUGUUUCUAUGGCUUCCAGAUUGCCAUGGAAAAUAUACAUUCAGAAAUGUACAGUCUUCUUAUUGACACCUACAUUAAAGAUUCUAAAGAGAGGGAGUUUCUUUUUAAUGCUAUUGAAACAUUACCAUGUGUUAAAAAGAAGGCUGACUGGGCCAUGCGUUGGAUUGGGGACAAGAAAGCAACUUAUGGAGAACGCGUAGUAGCUUUUGCAGCAGUGGAAGGGAUCUUCUUUUCAGGCUCUUUUGCAUCAAUUUUUUGGCUGAAGAAAAGAGGAUUAAUGCCUGGACUCACUUUUUCUAAUGAACUCAUCAGUAGAGAUGAGGGCUUGCACUGUGAUUUUGCCUGCCUCAUGUUCAAGCACUUGAUACACAAACCAUCAGAGGAGAGAGUAAAGGAAAUCAUCAUGAAUGCUGUUCUCAUCGAACAGGAAUUCUUGACGGAGGCACUGCCUGUAAAGCUGAUUGGCAUGAACUGCACUUUAAUGAAACAGUACAUAGAGUUUGUAGCAGACCGGCUUAUGUUGGAACUGGGAUUUAACAAGAUAUACAAAGCGGAGAAUCCUUUUGACUUCAUGGAAAACAUCUCUCUGGAAGGCAAGACCAAUUUCUUUGAGAAGCGAGUAGGUGAAUAUCAGAGGAUGGGAGUCAUGUCAAAGCCCACAGACAACUCUUUCACCCUGGAUGCGGAAUUUUAAAUUAACUGAGACCAUAUGAGUUAGUGUGUAUGCUCCCCUGUUUACAGGGAAACAUUAAGUAUAUUGAGUCACAGUGUGACUUGAUUCCUGUACUAAAAUCCCACUCUUGAAAAGUGUGGUGAUAUUGGUACUUUUCAGGAGGCUAGUAUACCUCCAGCAGUAAAAUCCCUUUUUAUUAGACUUUGCCAAUGGUGUUAAUUCAUAGCAUGUUUAGAUGUAUCUCUCACAACAUAUGCUACUCCAUUUUGUGAAAGAUAUGGGCACCUUCCUUCUGCAAGAUGGGAGGUUAUGGGCAGUGACCACUAGCUUCUGCUGUUCUCCCUAUAAACAAAGGAGCAGUUGAGAAAUUCUAGUCUUAAAUUUGCUGGAUACUCUGCAGAAAACUCUGGAGGCAACUACAUGACCUCACUGCUUUCUUAGCAGGUUUUAAGUUUACCUUUUUUACUAUUGUUUUAAUAGUUUGUACAUAAACCUGGCACUUUAAUGUUUAAAAUAAAGAACUGUCUUGUAAUACUCGACAAUGGUAAAAUGCAAGUCUAAAUCUUAGACUUCUGCAAUCUAACCUUUCAUGACUUGUGCUUCCUUCUGGGUAUGUAACUUAAAAAUGGUGCUGUGAAUCAGACUAUAUUGAUUUUGAAAUCUGUCGAAGAACAGGAAGAAACUUUGUAUGGAAGGUGAAGAACUUGGUAAGUUGGAUAUUCUGGGUACUGAAAAAUAACAUGCAGCUGGCUUCUGGACUUAAUUGCAUUUUCUUUAAUAUCUGGGAGCAGUAUUUCAUAUAAUAGUAAUAAAGAGCUGCUUGGAUUCAGUGUUGUACUGGCUUCAGUGCUCCAAUGGGCAAA